GCAGUGGAUAUCAAGAAGGAAGGGAUAAAGGUCACUCUGCUUAAGGGAAUAAAGUGAUCUAUACAAUUAAAUCUACAUUUUUUUAUAAGAAGACUACAAGAAUAAAUGAGAUAUUUAACCAGAUUUAAGUCAUUGGCUGUACUAAUUCAAUACAAGUGAAGGAGUUUGUGAGAAACUCUUGGAAGAUCUAAUAAUAUUUCGCUAAAUCCUCUGGACAUUUCACUUUAGCUCUGAAAGAUGGAGUUAACGGACACAUCUCUUUGCUCAUUCCCAGCAGAUGACUUCUAUGAUGACCCCUGCUUUAACUCAUCAGACAUGCACUUUUUUGAGGAUCUAGAUCCUAGACUGGUACAUGUAACAUUGCUGAAACCAGAAGAACAUCACCACAAUGAAGAUGAACACAUUCGGGCUCCCAGUGGCCACCAUCAAGCAGGCCGCUGCCUGCUUUGGGCUUGUAAAGCCUGCAAGAGAAAGACCACAAAUGCAGACCGCAGAAAGGCAGCCACUAUGAGGGAAAGGAGGCGGUUAAGUAAAGUCAAUGAAGCCUUUGAGACUCUAAAACGGUGCACAUCUACAAACCCAAACCAAAGGCUGCCAAAAGUGGAAAUCCUGAGAAAUGCUAUCAGGUACAUUGAAAGUUUGCAGUCUUUACUACGAGAGCAGGAUGACAGUUAUUACCCUGUACUGGAACAUUAUAGUGGAGAGUCAGAUGCAUCCAGCCCUCGAUCAAACUGCUCAGAUGGCAUGAUGGAUUACACAGGACCCCCAUGCAAUUCCAGAAGACGAAACAGCUAUGACAGUAGUUACUUCACAGAAACACAGAACGAAUCAAGAAAUGGGAAGACUUCCAUAGUUUCCAGCUUGGACUGUCUCUCCAGCAUUGUAGAGAGAAUUUCAACUGAGAAUUCAACCUGCCCAGUACUGACAGUGCCAGAAACAGGAGCAGAGGGCAGUCCUUCCUCACCCCAUGGGGGAAACAGCUUGAGUGACACUAGUACAUCUAUCCCAUCCCCGACCAACUGUACUGCCCUCUCCCAUGAUACCAGCAACCCAGUUUAUCAAGUACUAUGAAAUGUUUCAUGCUUAGACUUAAAGAAAAAAAAACUGCUACAUUCUGAAAUCCAAAAAAUAUUCCUUCUGAAAAAUUGAAAAUAUGCUGUGAUGCUGGUUUAUGCAUUCUUUGGUGUUAAAUAUUUCCAAGUAUAAAACACCUUCAAAAUUCCUUAAGGCAUCCCAUUUCCAAUAAGAUUUGUAAUCAAUACAGUGUGACUGCUUAUUUAUUUAAAAAUGAAUGACUGUACAGUUAUUUAAGCAUUCAUCAACAUCAAGGAUUUUUGUAAGAAACUGUUCAUAACAGUUAUAAUCUUAGAAAGCUUCAGGUUUUAGUAAUAUGUUCAUAUUGUUUUUUUUUAGAGUUAAUGUUUCAUGUAUAUGCCUUUUGACUUGUACUAAUUUGUCAGAAAGAAGCAAAGAUGUAUGAAGUUAAAAUAAUUCAUUGGCUUAGUGAUUACAUGAAACUUUUAAUGAAAUAUUGUUUUUGUGUAACCAAACACAAUUAUCCCCACUCCACUGCAAAGUGAACAUAAUUGCGGACCACUUUUUGUAAGAAUUUAUAUGUGUAUAUGUGUAAAUAAGAUUGCUUUGCAAAUCAAUUUAAAUAUUUAAUGUUGCUUGGGUUGUUGUGCUAAAUGUUAACUUUAUAUAUUUAUACUGUGUGGCUUCCAAGAUUGUUUCAACAGUAUUCUUAAUAAAAAAACCUUAUUUAUAAAAGUA